AUGCAAGUGAGCCAUCUUGGAAGCGGACCUUUAGAUGACUGCAGCCCUGGCCAGCACCUGGACCACAACCUCUUGAGAGGCACUGAGCCAGAACCGCCCACCUACACUAUUGCCAAAUUUCUGAUCCACAGAAAAUUUGAACGGGCCGCGGAGCCGGCUUCGGAGAUGGUGGAAGGCCCAGGUUGUACCUUAAAUGGAGAGAAAAUUCGGGCGCGAGUGCUCCCCGGCCAGGCGGUGACGGACGUGCGGGGAAGCGCUCUGCAGGGCCUGGAGGGCCGGGGCUUGCCGCGCGCCGCCUCCGUGGCUGCGGGCGCUUCUCAGGCUGCUGCACUGAAUAAUAAUAAAGAUUCCAGAUGGAAUUUCUUGAGACUGUUUAAUGGAUAUACUUACAGCGGCGUAGAAACUUUGGGGAAAGAGCUCUUUAUGUACUUUGGGCCGAAAGCUUUACGGAUUCAUUUUGGCAUGAAAGGCUCCAUCAUGAUUAAUCCACUUGGGCAUAAAAAUAAAAAUGGAGUUUCUCCUGUUUUUGAAGUCCAGCUCACCAAAGAUUUGAUUUGCUUCUUUGAUUCAUCCGUAGAACUCAGAAACGCAUUGGAAAGUCAACAGAGAAUAAGAAUGAUGGAAGAAUUAGAUGUGUGUUCACCUAAAUUUAGUUUCUUAAGAGCAGAAAGUGAAGUUAAAAAACAGAAAGGCCGAAUGCUAUGUGAUGUGUUAAUGGAUCAGAAAGUCUUGCCUGGGGUAGGAAACAUCAUAAAAAAUGAAGCUCUCUUUGACAGUGGUCUCCACCCAGCUGUUAAAGUUUGUCAGUUAACAGAUGAACAGACCCUUCACCUUGUGAAAAUGAUACGUAAUUUCAGCAUCCUGUUUUACAGGUGCAAUAAAGCAGGAUCGGCUGUCUCUAAACACUAUAAGGUUUAUAAGCGUCCUAACUGUGGUCAGUGCUACUGCAAAAUAACUGUGUGUCGCUUAGGGGAGAAUAACAGAAUGACAUAUUUCUGCCCUCAGUGUCAGAAAGAAGAUCCUCAACAUGUUGACAUAAGCAAGGUGCCAACGAGAAAUACCGUCAUCAGCUGGCCAUGUAGCAGGAUGGACGUUUUGGACUCGGUGGCUAGGAAAGCUGAAGAGCAGUGGGCAUGCGGGGUCUGUACACUAAUCAACAAGCCUUCUGCUAAGGCAUGCGAUGCUUGCUUGACUUCAAGGCCCAACGAUUCAGUACUUAAGGACGAAGAAAACUCUAUUGCUUUUAGCAACUUAGUGAAGUAUCCUUGUAAUAACUUCGGAAAACCAAAUACAGAAGUGAAGAUCAACAGAAAAACUGCCUUUGGGACUGCAACCCUUGUCUUGACCGAUUUUAGCAAUAAAUCCAGUACUUUGGAAGGAAAAAAAAGCCAAAACCAGAUACUAGAUGGGGAAUUUCAUACCUCUGCUCCCACUGGCUUUUGCUUUGGUGAUACACAGCACCCUUCCGAGGAGAGAACAAACUAUGUAACUCAGCUGUCUAGCAAAGUAAACAUAUCACCUACGGUCGGCCCUCGGUCUAAAUUAUUUAGUCCAGCACAUAAAAAAUUGAAAACAGUCCACUCAUCACCAGAUCUGAAAAGUCGUAAGCCAGGAUUUUCAAACAGUGAACUUCAAAUUCACGGGACAGAUGGUACUUGGGCGUUGAACGCUGGCAGUCCUCGCUGCAGUAAACACAACCGUCUCUGCGUUCUCCGAGUUGUGAGGAAGGAUGGCGAAAACAAGGGCAGGCAGUUUUAUGCGUGUCCUCUACCUAGAGAAGCACAAUGUGGAUUUUUUGAAUGGGCAGAUCUGUCCUUCCCAUUCUGCAACCAUGGCAAACGCUCCAUCAUGAGAACAGUGCUGAAGAUUGGACCUAAUAACGGAAGGAAUUUUUUUGUGUGUCCCCUUGGGAAGGAAAAACAGUGCAAUUUUUUCCAGUGGGCAGAAAAUGGGCCAGGAAUAAAAAUUAUUCCAGGAUGCUAAUAUUUUUUUCUUGUGUAAAUUAACCGGCAUUGAACCUCUUUAAGCUGUGU